UUGCAGGUGCGCUGUCCAUCAUGUCGGUGAUGAGGAAGGAGAUGGAGAAGUACAGGGACAUAGACGAGGACGAGCUGCUGCAGAAGCUGUCUGAGGACGAGCUGCAGCGACUAGAGGACGAGCUCGAGGAGCUGGAUCCCGAUCGAGACCGAUGCCAGCAGUGAGCGACCGGAGGGACUCCAUGACGUAAGCAGCGGGAGUCCGUGCGUGUGCGCUCGCCUUUGUUGGUGCCGUUUGCGAGGGUGACCCGUUCACUACAGUGAAGGGCCCACUCGCCGUGACCCACACUGUGGCCUCCCACCAACGCUUCUCACGUCAGUUCCAACAAAUGAGCAAAUGACAACGAGAGUUACUGGAGAUCAAAGCAAAGCAAAGAGGGCAUGUCGUACACCAGAAAACACAACUCCAAGUAAACGAUGAGGUUGCUUCUUAGCUGCUGGAUCCAUUAGUCAGCAGCAUUCUGACAUGUUAACAUUCUACCACCCAAAAAUGUCCCCUUUUACACAAAAGCUGAAAAAAAGUGAACCCUCGUGCCUCAUCCGUUUAUUGCGGCUCGCAACUGAACGCGUUCCCUUCACCUGCUGGUCGAUGGCUGCUGGGGCUCCUGAGUGGAGGAGAGAAGCCGCGACAGAGCCUCAUGCUGAAUGAAUUGUUGCCAGCUGGGAUGCGGCAGAAAGACCAGACGAAGAAAACCCCGACGGGAACGUUCCAGAGGGACAACCUGCUGGCCCAUCUGGAGAAACAGGCCAACGAGCACCCUGACAAAGAGGACCUGGUGCCCUUCACAGGGGAGAAGAGAGGGAAAGCCUGGGUGCCAAAAAAGAGGGUGGACCCCAUCAUGGAGAAUGUGACUCUGGAGCCGGAGCUGGAGGAAGCCCUGGCCAGCGCGUCGGAUGCUGAACUCUGUGAUAUCGCAGCCAUCCUGGGUAUGCACACCCUGAUGAGUAAUCAGCAGUACUACGAAGCCCUGGCCAGCAGCACCAUAGUCAACAAGCAAGGACUGAACAGUGUGAUCCAGUGCACCCAGUACAAACCGGUCCCGGAUGAGGAGCCCAACUCCACUGACGUAGAAGAGACCCUGUUGAGAAUGAAGAGGAACGACCCUGACCUGGUGGAGGUCAACCUCAACAACAUCAAGAACAUCCCCGUCAAGACUCUGAAGGCGUACGCUGAGGCUCUGAUGAAGAACACUGUGGUGGAGCGGUUCAGUCUCGUAGGAACCAGGAGCAACGACCCCGUCGCAUUUGCCUUGGCAGAGAUGCUGAAGGUGAACACGACACUGAAGAGCCUGAACGUUGAGUCCAACUUCAUCACAGGAACAGGAAUCCUGUCCCUCAUAGCAUCACUACAGUACAACACCAUACUACAGGAGCUCAAGAUAGACAAUCAGAGCCAGCCGCUGGGCAACAAGGUGGAGAUGGAGAUAGCCAGCAUGCUGGAGAAAAACACCAGUCUGUUGAAGUUUGGAUAUCACUUCACCCAGCAGGGCCCGCGCCUGCGGGGCUCCAACGCCAUGAUGAACAACAACGACCUGGCCCGGGUUGUCAGGUCGGAGUCAGACGGCUCCUUCACCCUCACGCUGUCUGUUCCGGAGCUGGAAAGGGCCUUCGGGAAAAAGUUCAAGUCCAAGACAAAUGCGAAAGAAAAGGCUGGAGGGAGGUCCCAUCUUCCCUAAGUGUCGGACGAAUGUGUAGAGACCAGGGCGGCCCUCGUUGCCCUUUGACCCGACCGCCUUUCCCACCGCGUCCCCUCAACCCUCCGAUGGCGCCCGGAAGACCACGGCCACCACUUUCGGGGUUCAACGGUCUCCGAACUCUCUCUACUUUCCAGACUCUUUUUCUUUUGUAGAAAUUGAAGGAUUCAGUGGGAUCCAUCACCUGUGUCUUUCUGAGCAGAAGGCAGGAUUGUGCGAUUAUUUUUUGUGCUUUUCCGUUGUGAAUCCUUUCGUGUCUCCUUGAGAGUCCAGAGUCCUUAAUGACGGGUGCUGGAGGUCGGGUUGUGAUUUAGGGCCCACUGAAUGGGGACAGGACACUUUCAGAAUUCCCUGUUUCUAUUGAUGAGUUGAAUGAGCGCCAAUUACCAAUAAUAUCAUUAUUAAAAUGCUGUAAAUGAGUUGUGCGCUCAUUGCUGCUGUUCCCAAACGCGUCUGAUGUCAAGUUCACCAAAGCUGAUGUGCCAUUUUUUAAUUUACUAGACCUAAAGUUAACUAAUUUUGGAUUUUCUGCCGCAUGGGGAACCUCUGAUGUUGCAGCCUUUUUUCUCUGAUUCGAUCAGGAGAGUAUUUUAGGACAUACAGUCCUCCAAAUACCAAGCUUUUACAGAUUCCUUAGUAAUAGUCAGAGGGAUUCAUUAACCUGGCUACAGUGAGGAUUGUCGCUAUAUACAGAAUAUAUUUAUUUGUGACAGACCUGGGAAAGAGUCAGAAGCCACUCAAACACUCGACAUCAUCAAUUGAUUUAUGAUGACAGCUUCUAUUUGCUGACAUAAGAACCCACUGUUUCAUAUCCUAUGAAUACAGUGAGGUUAUAUAGAGGUUCUUGUCUGCCAGUCCGACUGUAAUAACCCAAAGUAACCGCUAGUAUUUGAGUGGGCUUCUGUCACACUUUCAACCAGGUCUGGUUUGUGGAUUGUUUGUGGUAAUUUCAUAUUUACUGGAGCUGAAAUGUGUGGUUUGAUACAGAACGGUUGGUACCGUCGACUCUACGUUACAGGUUUCACGUUAACUCCUCAAUCCAGGUUUGGAAUAUUUCCGUGGACACAGAUUUACAAACACAGGAAACCUCUAAUGUCUUUACAGCUGUCAGAUUACAAAAAUCCCAUCCAGUGUAAAAUAAAUUAAUGUCAACAGCAGUUUAAAAUGCUUGAUAGCGCUGACGGGUCUUAAAUCAACACCGUAGACAUUUUAAAUAUUAGUUUAUGCUCUGAUGCUGGAUGGAUACUUCACGAGUUCACAAUGGAAAUGUUCUUCUUGAUUAGGACAAACCUACCCCAUGACAUGAUGAUGAUCUACUCUGCUGUAUCAUUUUCAGCCCUUAAUUGAGAUUAAAAACAGAAUGCGCUGCUGAUGAAACCGGAAACCAGAGCUAAUAUGUUGCUGUCUGAAAAUAAAACUGCUGCAUUUAGAAUCUCUUUAAAAACGAUCCGUAGUCCGGUUACAUUGGCUCCAAAUGAAACGUGUGUUUCCGCUUAAAGAAAAAUGGUAAACUACAAGUUGCAGAGUGGAAGGUAAAUCUGACCUGAUUGCAUCAUCCACGUUUCCUCGAUACCAAAAGUCGUACCGAAGGCUGCUGUUAUUUAAUAUCGAUGCUUUGCGACUCGCUCGUCAGGGCUGUGUUUCUACAACGGAUCGUCAUUAUGGAUGUAAACAUUUGUUAAAGCAGUGAGUAACUGAAUGCUUAGAGGCAAAGAAGGCUACUCAAAGUCUUUGUGUGUCUGGUUCUUCUGUAUCUCUUUCUGAUUUAUUAGUGCUUGAUUCUGUUUUGCUAGAUAGUCCACCUUUUUGGGUUGAAUUUUUGCAAAUAAAGGAAUAAAUAAAACCUGAAAUAUGUCUUUGUACUCCCAUAUAAAGACAACAGUGCCACCCUGUGGCAGUAUGGCAGAAAUACACCAAGUUAACUAAUUUAUUUUACAAUAAACAAUUUAUAAGAUAAUAAUAC